AUUUUACAUUUUGAUUUUAGAGGUUAAGUUUUAUAAAAUGAUUCAAAAUAAUUGAAAUAUAAUGUUUCUUGAAGUAAAGUUCGAAUUUUCAGUUGUUUUUGCAAAGUGAUUGGUGUCAGCCUUCUUUUUUUCUUUUUUUUGUAUUUGUUCAUUUAUAAUAAUUAAAAAAAAAUCGUUUUUGGAAAUCUAUGUUUUAUGUAUUAUGUCAGGGUAUUUAAAAAUUUCUAGAUGUUUAGUACAAAAUUUAAGACCGGUUGGCAAUUACGCCAAAUUCGGCGUAUUAGGAACAAGUUAUCGUAACAACUUCAGAUACUAUGCUAAUGAUUGUAAGCCAAAGAUAUUUCCGUCUCAGCAAGACAAGCCAAAAUUAAGACCGUGUCCUGAACCUCCAGAACCUUGUCCACCGCCAAAGAAAAAAUGGUGGAUUUGGCUUGCAGUAGCUGCGAUUAUAGCAGGGAUUUUGUAUUACAAUCGUCGAAAAAAACCAGAGGCAGCUAUUGAUCAAUGUGAUGAAGUAAAAUCUGGAAAAACUGGAAAAACAGCCCAAAAGGCUGAUCCACGACAGUCAUUUGAUAUUCCAGAAGAGGUACCCUAUUUAUUAAUAGGAGGAGGCACAGCUAGCUUUUCUGCAUUCCGGGCUAUAAAAUCUAAUUGUCCUACUGCUAAGGUCCUAGUGGUAACUAAUGAGUACAGCUUGCCCUAUAUGAGGCCACCAUUAUCGAAAGAAAUGUGGUUUAAUACAGAUGAUGAUAAGGCAUUAGCAUUAAAUUUUAGACAAUGGAAUGGUACUGAAAGAAGUUUAUACUUCGAACCAAAUGAUUUUUAUACGAAUAUACGAGAAUUAAUGAAGAGCGAAAAUGGCGGAGUUUCUGUCGCACGUGGAUAUACAGUCAUUAAAUUAGAUAUUCCGAAUAAGACUGCUUUCUUGGACGAUGGUACAAAAAUUCGCUAUGACAAAUGCUUAAUUGCUACAGGAUCGAAGCCAAGACAAUUGGAAGUACUUGCACAAUCAAAGCCAAGUGUGCAACGCCAUGUGUCUGUUUAUCGUGGUGCUCAAGAUUUCAAGGAUCUUCUUGAAAUUGUAAAUUGUUCCCAGAAUAUAGCCAUUAUUGGGGGAGGUUUUCUGGGUUCUGAACUUGCUUGUGCGCUCACGAGGAGAUCUAAAGCUAAAGAUAGCACAUUGAAAGUUACACAAAUUUUCAGAGAAACAGGGAAUAUGGGAAAAAUAUUACCAGAGUACCUUAGCAAGUGGACAAGCAAUCAAAUGAGAAAAUUAGGUGUAGAUAUUCAUCCAACUACAGAGGUUGAAGAUGCUCUCACUCAGAAUGAAAAGGUGGUCUUGCUUUUAAACAAUGGCGAUAGAGUUGUUGCUGAUCAUGUUGUGGUUGCAAUAGGUGCGGAGCCUAAUACUGAUUUAGCGAAGACAUCAGAUCUAGAAGUUCAUGCGGAACAUGGUGGUUUUAUCGUGAAUGCAGAGUUAGAAGCGCGUUCAAAUGUUUAUGUGGCCGGCGACGCGAGCUGUUUCUUCGAUUCAAAGUUGGGCCGCCGAAGAGUGGAACACCAUGACCACGCUGUUGUUUCGGGAAGAUUAGCUGGAGAAAAUAUGACUGGGGCCGAAAAACCAUAUUUCCACCAGUCAAUGUUUUGGUCAGAUUUGGGACCUGACAUUGGCUAUGAAGCAAUCGGGAUUGUGGAUUCAACAUUGCCAACUGUAGGAGUUUUUGCAAAAGCUACAGAGAAAGAUACUCCACAAGCUGCAGUCACUGAGAAUGAUGAGGCAAUAAGAUCGGAAGCCGAGGCUAAAGUUGAACCUAAAGACGUAUCAAAUGAAAAAGAAUUUGAUCCAAAGGAUUACUUGCCAAAAGAUUUCAAAGCUGAAGAAGAUUAUGGAAAGGGAGUUAUAUUUUAUUUACGCGAUGAUAUCGUUGUUGGUAUAGUUUUGUGGAACGUGUUUAAUAGAAUGCAAAUUGCACGACAGAUAAUAUGUGAGCAAAAAAGAUAUUCGGAUUUAAAUGAAGUAGCUAAGCUAUUUAGAAUUCACGAGGAUUAAAAAUUAGUGUAAUGAAAUGUGUGGGUAAUAUUUUCGAAGAUUGGCAUACUCUUCAGUUCCAUUGACAUUUUGUGAUGAAGAAUAAAAUGAACAUUUUUAAUUGUACUAUUCAGAAAAUUCUGACAUAACGUGAUGAAAAAAAUUAAUAAAAGUAUGU